AUGGACGACAGUGAUGAGUAUGGCGAUGAGUUUGACGACACGGAGUUUCUCGAUGCCGCAACGCAGGCCGAGAAAGAGAACACGCCUGCCUUCCCGCCCUCACCAAGGCCAGCCAAGCGGCGAAAGAUCAGCAACGUAAAUGAGCAAUCGGAGUCUGUUCCGCGCAAGGCACAACGAGGACGUCGCCGAGGCCCAUUCGUAUCGUCUGAUGAGGAUGAAGACGCAUUUGAUGAAUCUGAUCAGACAUUGUCUGAUAAAGGCAGCAAGAGUGUCUCACCUGCAAAGAGCGUGCCUGCAAGUCGCAAGAAGAGAGCGCAGUCGAAGCAAAGUUAUGAUGAAGAUGCAUCGCCCGUCAAAGAGACUGCUGCGGAUAAACGGAAAGAACGCAUUCACGUAUCCACCAUCAACCUCGAGAUGCCAGACACAUUCUAUACACAGCCACCUCCAACAGACUCCCCACCGUGGAAGCCGCGAGGAGCAAUAUGGACGAAGCCUGCUACCACGAUUGGCGUUCAUAAGCCAUCAGCACCUGCGAAACAGAAUGGGUUGGACGCUACGAGGAAUGUGUCUUUGCCGGGUAGACAGUCAACAUCAUCUAGGCCCGCACCGCAAGCGCCGCCGUCUCCAGUUCCUUCAGACUCAUUCGGGGAUGUCGACAUCGACAUUGACGAGUCACCAAGAUUACCAGUUCGGGCUGCAACGGCAACAGGUGCCUAUGACUUCACCCAAGACCUAGCAGAUCUCCCAUCCGACGCCUUUGCCUCCUCAUGUUCCUCGCCACAGAAGCAGGACGAUGUACAAGUUACGUCAGCCAGAAAGCGUGUGGUCGCACCUCUCACUGGCCUACGGCAAACUACCUUGUUCGGUCGUGCGGGUGUUGAUAGUACAAUCGCCCCAUCCCAAGUAAACAAGCGUUACAAUUUUGUCGUCGACCAGAAGGCAGAGCCACCCACUCACCACAAGCUGGAUCCAGAAGCAAUCAAGACGUGGGUAUAUCCAACAAACCUGGGCACUAUCAGAGACUACCAAUUCAACAUCGUCCAGAGAGGGCUCUUUCACAACCUUCUCGUCGCUCUUCCGACUGGUCUUGGUAAAACAUUCAUCGCAGCUACGAUCAUACUGAACUGGUUUCGAUGGACGACGGAAGCACAGAUAGUUUUUGUCGCUCCAACCAAGCCGCUCGUGGCACAGCAGGUAGAAGCCUGCUUCCAUAUCGCAGGUAUUCCGCGCUCGUACACCACAAUGCUUACCGGAGGCGUGUCGACAGGCUUACGCGCAGAAGAGUGGAAAGAGAAAAGAGUCUUCUUCAUGACGCCUCAGACACUCCUAAACGACUUGAAGUCUGGAUACGCAGAUCCCAAGAAGAUUGUACUGUUGGUAGUUGAUGAAGCUCAUCGUGCGACCGGCGCUUAUGCUUAUGUCGAGGUCGUCAGCUUCCUCCGCCGAUUUAAUACGAGUUUCCGAGUACUGGCCUUAACGGCUACACCUGGAGCUGAUGUUGAGUCGGUUCAGAAAGUCAUCGACGGUCUGGAUAUUUCCAAAGUAGAGAUUCGAACGGAGAACUCUAUGGAUAUCUGCAGCUAUGUUCAUCAGCGCAAGAUCGACAAGAAAGUCUUCCAAAAUACAGACGAGAUGGAGAUGUGUAUGGAGCUAUACAGCCAAGCACUACAACCCUUGGUGAACACAAUAGCCGGUCUCAACGCUUAUUGGAGCAAGAACCCCCGCGACUUGACGCCUUUCGGGUGCCAACAAGCCAAGAAGAAGUGGUUCCAAGAGGUCGGUCGAAACGCCAACCGUGGCCUUCAAAGCACGGUUCACACCAUCUUUGCUAUCCUCGCAUCUAUCUCCCACGGAAUGGACCUACUGAAGUACCAUGGCAUGGGACCCUUCUACAUCAAAAUGAAGGAGUUUCAGGAUGAAGCUGCCAAAACAAAGUCGAAGUACAAGAAGCAGAUCCUCGAUAGUGACGCUUGGAAGAAACUGAUGGUGCGUCUCCAUGGGUGGAUCAACGACGACAACUUUGUUGGGCAUCCAAAGUUGGAGUAUUUGCAGCAGGUUAUUCUGGAUCACUUUGUUAACGCAGGUGAUGGCCGAAACGUCGAUGGCGCGCCUCCUUCGCAGACGAGAAUCAUGGUAUUCGCCCACUUUCGUGACAGCGCCGAAGAGAUCGCGCGCAUCCUGAAAAGACAUCAGCCCAUGAUUCGCCCACGCAUCUUCGUCGGACAAGCGCACGGGAAGAAUUCGGAAGGUAUGUCGCAGAAGGACCAGUUGGAGGCUAUCGAGAAAUUCAAGAAUGGCGAAUUCAACACGUUGAUUGCCACCUCGAUUGGUGAAGAAGGUCUCGACAUUGGUGAGGUCGAUCUCAUCAUCUGUUACGAUUCGAAAGCGUCGCCGAUUCGCAUGUUGCAGCGCAUGGGCCGUACAGGUCGAAAACGCCAGGGACGAAUCGUCAUGCUUCAGAUGGAAGGCAAGGAGGAAAACGACGCGAACAAGGCGAACGACAGCUACCUCAAGAUGCAAGAACUUAUUGCAGAUGGAGGGCACUUCAAUUUCCACGACGACGUAUCUCGCAGGAUUCUACCACCAGAUGUCAAGCCAGUCGUUGACCGACGCGCGGUAGAAAUCCCCGCCGAAAAUUCUCAGAAAGACUGGCUCCCAGAGCCAAAAAAGGGAAGGCGGACAAAGAAGCCUCCCAAGAAAUUCCACAUGCCAGACGAUGUCAUCACUGGCUUCGUCACUGCAGGCCGUAUGGGCGAGGAGAUUGCACCAAAGGGUCGAGGGAAGAAAGCUGCUAUGCCAGUAUAUCCCAGCGAGACAGCCUUUGAGAUGCCACCACUCGAGCCGGUCCUUUUAGACGACUCAGCGAUGCAGGAUCUCGAGAGGCGAUACCAGACAGUCUUCGACGAUGAUGACGCUCCUAUGGUUGGGGGAUUGGACCUGAGCAAAUUUCCCGAGCGACAGCGCACCCUGCCUUACAAAACCCGACGAGUCGGGCCAGGUCGUGUCACACGGGCUUUUGCCGGUACUAUGCAACGCAUGCACGAUAUGGACACUGACCGCCUGGAAAAGUUCCAGCGCGAUCUGCACUAUUCUGAUUGCGAAUCAGAUGCAGACGAUGGUUUCGUUGUGUCACAUACGGAGGUUGCGCCAGUCAUCGCAGAAGACAUGUGGGAAGACGAUGAACCCGCUUCACCGGUCCUUCCGACGACCAAAGCAAAAGCAAAGCCUGGCCCGAAACCGAAAGCAAAGGCACCGGCGAAACCCAAGGAGAAGGCGCCACCAAAAGAGAAAGCGGCACCGAAACCAAAAGGAAAGCCAGUGCCGAAACCCAAAGAGAUGGCACCUCCGAAGACCCCUAAAACACCAGCACCUCGUGGUCGAGCGCGGAAAGACAAACCAGCUGUGGAAACGCCGACUUACGACACCGACGCAUUGGAUGAAACACCGAUAACAAAAACACCUAACUGGCGCGUGUCCAACCUCGCUAUGGAAGGCAAUGAGUCGUCUCCACCACCGACAGAUCCCCGUUUCCGCCUACCAUCCCAAGCCGACACAAUUGGCUCGGACGAUACGUUGGGUGCGGAUGAUCCGGAGGACCCUCUUGCAUGGCAGAAUGACUCGGAGCUGGCUAGCUUCAUCAUUGAAGGGGAGGAGGAAGAGGUAGUGCCUACAUCCAGCUUGCCCAGUAUUGAUAUCUUUGGUGUCGGGGCGGGGACGCAAGCAGUCGUCAAAGCUGCCACCAAACCAAAGCGGACACCCAGACGCGAGAAGCUCUUUACCAGCGAUAUCACGGACGACGAUGCAGUUGUCAGCAGUGAUAGUGACGAUGAUGCACCGCUCGUCAAGAAGGGUGCGAGUAGGAAGGACGCUGUCGUUCUUGAUUCUGAUUCAGAAGUGGAGGAAGACGCGCCUGUCGUUCAAAGGAAAAGAGGCAGACGGAUUAUAGACGACGACUCGGAUGAGUAA